AUGGACAUCAUGAGCUUCCAGUCAGCAGAAUACAGUGAAAGAAGCGGCGCUGAUGACAGUGGCAGUGAUGACGGUGACUCGGGUAGUCCUAUCCGACACAGCAGACGUCUCGCACGCACACAGGUAGUCAACUAUCGCAUACCACGGGGUAACGAGGGCUUGAGAGAAGACAUGGAUACAGACGUGAGCGAAGAGAAAGACAAUAAAAAACAAGAACAGAUCGACCUGAAACCCAAACCCAAGCCAAAAGACAACAUUAUAUACAAAGAAUUUUCUUGGUCGAGCACGGAAUCGGAAUCGGAAAACGGGACAAAGAAGAAAAAAGGCAAAGGCAAAGACUCGGGAGACGAUGCAAAGGAUACUGAUUUUGAGCUAGAUAGCGAUGUCGCUGAGAAGGAGAGCAGUGCAGAGGGCAGCAGUGAUAGCUCUUUGGAAAGUGCGGUACUGUUUGUGCCUGGGCGAGAUGAUCGGGUGGUGUACAGUCGCGCGAAACAGAAGAGUGUGGCGGUUGAGAAGGCAGCGAAAUCUAAACCGCGGAAAGGGAAAGGGAAAGGGGCAGGGGCAGGUGAGAAAGGGAAAGCGGUGAAGAAAGUAUCGGCGAGUAGGUAUGCGAGUGAUAGUGAGAGCGAUGGAAGUAGGUAUGAGAGUAGUGGGACCGAGGUGAAGAAGUGGAAGGGGAAGAAACCGGUCAAUAAGGGACGGAGAGGUAGGAUCAGCGAUAGUGAGAGUGAUGCAAGUGAGUAUGAAAGUAGAGAGACUGAGAUGAGUUUGAGGAAGAGGAAGAAACCGGCCAAGAAGGGACGGAGAGGUAGGAUCAGCGAUAGUGAGAGUGAUGCAAGUGAGUAUGAAAGUAGAGAGACUGGGGUGAGCAAGAGGAAGAGGAAGAAACCGGCCAAGAAGGGGCGGAGAGGUAGGAUCAGUGAUAGUGAUAGUGGCAGUGAUAGUGAUGUGAGGGAGUAUGAGAGCAGUACAGGUAGGAAAGGACGGGCACAAGUGAAUACGAAGCAAAAAGGGCGUACAGCAAAGGGUGCAAAGAAGAGUCGGAGGCAGCUCACUGACAGUGAGGAGUCGGAGGACGGACGUGAAGUGAGUGCUAAGAAGGGUAGUAGCAGUACUACAAGGAAAAGCAAAAGUGCAAGCACCAAUGGGAACGCAUACACGAACACGAACCUUUUUAGAAAUGUAAACACAAAUGUCAAUGCGUAUACAAACAUGGGUGGGAAAUCAGUGCGCUGGCAUAGCCAGCAGCAGUCAAUGCUGGACAGUGCAGGCAGUGAGAGCGCCAGCGAGUGGGAGCAACCUACACUCAAGAAUAAGAAAAGACAAAGUUCGGUACAAACAAAGGUGGCCGUGAGUAAAACGUCUAAGAGUCGCCACAGAUUUGGUACGGAUAUAGGUAAUGCCAGUGCCAGUGAAAGCGAUGGGCCUAUGAAGCGCUCGAUGAGAGCUUUGCGCAUGAAAAGCGCACGAGAGGCGGAGGACAUGUAUGGCCCUGGAUCUGCUGUGGGUGCAAGUGCGGGUGAGGGAGAUGGCGGGUCUGAAGCAGAGCUGCGACCGAAGUCAAAGACGCGGCGAUUAUCUCGCGGCAACAGGGCUUCCCAACCCCGAUACAGAGAGUCUCCUACACCCAGUCCUUCCCCAAAGCCCUCUAGGGCAAUUUCUUCCAGGUCUGGUCCUAAGUCUAAAAAGAAGGGCAGGCUGCCACCCACCCGCGGCUAUAGAGAGGACAGUAGCGAUGAUGCCGACAAAGCCUUCCUGGAUGAUGGUGACAACAGCGAGAGUGCAAGUGGGAGUGGGAGUGAGAGCGAUAACGGCAUAGAUAUGUAUGCCAGGCUACGACAGGCAGAUAUGCAACAGGAGGUGGACGACAUGGGCAAAGUGCACGUGUACAUUCCACGGGGAUUGGCUCAAGAAACCGCUAUCAAAUACUCGGGCUAUGAUCUUGCCACAGCGAUACGGGUUAGCUCUGCGAUGGCAAAUACGUCGGAGAGCAACACCAAAUUGAGUCUCGCCAGCAUCCUGAACCAUAUGUACGAGGAGCAGAGCGUCAUUGAGUUCAUGGAGAGCUGCCCUGCACCUAGUCCCAGUACCAUGGUGGCGUGCUGGCAGUUAGCUGGCUCUGGGGAUGGAGGGCAACGGUUGAUGAAGUGUAUGAAGGAUCCGGGGUUGAUAGUAGAGUCAGUUGAUGCAAUGUACCGACUAAUACAUAGGUGGCGCCAGUUCGGUAGUGAGGAUCGAGACAAGUACGAUGAGAUUCGGGUUGUUGGAGAACGCAAUGACAACAUCACAGAUGCCAUAUGCUUAGACACAGUCGGUAUACAGGAACUAGACUUUGAUGAUCAUGCGGGCGCGGGCUAUGCAUUGCUGGUUGAUUGGGAGAGUCUUAAGCUACGUGACGAUUCGCAUAUCCGAUACUUGGAUUUUUUCAAAGACUUUAUGAACGAAGCGCAAAGGGCGGCUAUAGGACGUGUAGUGGAUUUCGUAUCACAGAGAUGGAGCCACUUACCAAACUAUAAGGUGGCCCUGCCUAACGGGGAGUCUGGUUAUACCACUAUUUUCUGUGUCAAGGUAGACCAAAUGGCACAUAAAGAAGCUUUAAGUGUAGCCCAGUACUUGUCCAAUCUGGUGCGUGUCUGGGCCAAUUUCCCGCUACACACACUGAGGCAGAAUAAUGCCCUGACUCAUAAGGAGUGUGUGCGUUUGACUGAGCUUGUGCUGAUUGCCGUCUCGUUUUGGGUGCGCAUGGCCGAAUUGCACCUGCAGAAGGUGGAGGAAUACUGCAAGAAAAUUGGUGCGAGUAAAAGACGCACUAUCAAUCACAGUGCUUGGGAGGAAGAGAUGGACCGCAGGGGCGCCACUACAGAAGUAGUCGAUAGGACAAACGUGAUUUCCAUGGAACUGUCUGGGCUGGGUGAUAGUGACUGUGAAGAAGGAUUUGAAGUAUGAGUAUGUCCUAGUGGACUAGUCGGAUCUUUACUCGGACCUGACAGUCCAUAUAAUUAUGAAUGCCUAGCUUCUAAACAUAUAAUAUUAUGGAGAAUCGUGCCACCGAAUCAACUGGACACUGUACAUGGCACACACGGCCGCUUGCCUUUGUACUCAAGUGCAAUCACGCUAUACGCGCCGCAUAUAGUUUCCAAAAGACCGAAUGGGGGCGAUCGAAGUUUUCUUCGCGGUGACUCACAUUUUCAUAUUCAGCGACAUCUAACCCCAAGAACAGUUCUGGGUCCUAGUGUAUUACCAGAGGUUGCUUUCUAUUCCGCACGCUUACGACUUAUCGCUAUUUGCGUUUUUUUAUUAAUCAUCUCUGUGCACUUUCAAUUCUCAGAAAAUACCAAUAAUCCGUAUCAGUUAUAAUAUUAGUUGUAUCUGCUACGGCGCCCAUCCAUCUUCUACCCUUAAAAUGUACUCAACAUGAACAAUUACUGCCUCAACAAAGCACCCUCUAUAUGACUAACUGCAAUAUGUGCUUCUACCACACUAUGACCAUCGUAGCGAUAUCUUGCCACCCAUGCGCCUCAUAGGUUGUAUAUAGUCUGAGUAAUCAGCGAGCAAG